AAUUCCUUGAUAUAAGCCAGCUGUCUUUCAUUCAUGAUUUGGGACCAAAGGGCAUAGAAGGCAUGAUAAUGAAAAGAUCUGGAGGACACAGGAUACCUGGCUUGAAUUGCUGUGGUCAGGGAAGAGCCUGUUACCGGUGGUCAAGAAGGUGGUUGAUAGUGAAAGAUUCCUUUUUACUGUACAUGAAGCCAGACAAUGGAGCCAUCGCGUUCGUCCUGCUGGUGGAUAAAGAAUUCAGAAUUAAGGUGGGAAAGAAGGAGACAGACACGAAAUAUGGACUCCGAAUUGAUAACCUUUCAAGGACACUUAUUUUAAAAUGCAACAGCUAUAGACAUGCUCGAUUGUGGGCAGGAGCUAUAGAAGAAUUCGUCCAGAAAUAUGGCAGCAACUUCCUCAAAGAUCACCGAUUUGGGUCAUAUGCUACUCUCCAAGAGAACAUUUUAGCUAAAUGGUAUGUUAAUGCCAAAGGAUAUUUUGAAGAUAUUGCAAAUGCGAUGGAAGAGGCAAAAGAAGAGAUUUUUAUCACAGAUUGGUG